GGCUGCGGGCAGAGGCAGGAGAGCCGCGGAACAGGCAGCGGGAGGAGGGGGAGAGCUCUGUCGCCGCCGCACCGGCACAGGGGACACCGCCGCCAGCAGAGCAGCCGCAGAGCUGUGGAAUGCUGUGAAGACUUCACUGCCCCUCCAGCCCUAGGCAGCCUCUUCUCUGGAUUAUCUCCACCCCGAGGACCCUCAGAUCCAAGAGAGUUCCUGGUCUUCCACCAUGAACCCUGUUUAUAGCCCCGUCCAACCUGGGGCUCCCUACGGAAACCCGAAGAACAUGGCCUAUACAGGUUAUCCUACAGGCUACCCCACUGCUGCCCCAGCCUACAACCCCAACAUGUACCCAACCAGCAGCCCUGGCUAUGCCCCAGCUACACUUCUGAUGAAGCAAGCCUGGCCACAGACCUCCUCCUCCUGUGCCACGGAGGGAACCUUCCACCUCCCGGUGGACACCGGCACCGAGAACAGAACUUACCAGGCUUCUUCUGCAGCAUUCAGGUACACUGCGGGGACCCCCUACAAGGUGCCACCGACCCAGAGCAGCACUGCCCCUCCUCCCUACUCGCCCUCUCCCAACCCAUACCAGACUGCUGUGUACCCCAUCAGAAGUGCCUACCCCCAGCAGAACCUCUACACCCAGGGAGCUUACUACACCCAGCCAGUGUAUGCUGCACAGCCCCAUGUCAUCCAUCACACCACCGUGGUCCAACCCAACAGCAUCCCCUCGGCCAUCUACCCGGCUCCAGUGGCCGCCCCCAGGACCAACGGGGUGGCCAUGGGCAUGGUCGCUGGCACCACCAUGGCCAUGUCAGCAGGAACCUUGUUGACCACCCCCCAGCACACCGCCAUCGGAGCACAUCCAGUGUCCGUGCCAACGUACAGGGCUCAAGGAACCCCCACCUACAGCUAUGUACCUCCACACUGGUAAACCCACUGGCCAGUCCAUAUCUGGAGCCCGCCGUUGUAUGCAACUUAACACAAGUCUUACGUGGGCGCUGCGGCCGCCGUUCCCCGCAGCUUCCCCCUCCUCGUCUGUUUGCAAGAACAAAAAGAAAAGCAAAGUGCAAAGAUCACUUUAUGCAUUCUUUAGUGGGUUUUGUAAAAGCUGCUCUUUUCUAAUCUUCUGCCUCUUUUAUUUUAUUGGUUGGGUUUUGGGUUCUUUUUGUUGUUGUUGUCGUCGUC